UUCGCUUUAAUUUACCGAGAGAGAUAGAGAGAAUUAAGUCAUGGCUGAAGACGACGGCUCCUUCGAUGUGGCUUUCAAUCUGCAGAUUGAGGAAGCUCUAACGGCCUCUCUGCUUGACAAUCUCACUCCACCACUUGAGGUUGAGGUUGAGGUUGAGGAUGACUAUCUCUCCCAGUACGAGCAGUUUCUCCUCGGGCACUACAAGGCCGAGGCCGAGGCUAAGCGCAUGCGCCUCGAUCUCUGCCAUCAGGUUCACGAUCGUGCUUUCGCUUCCGAGAUUCUCAAGGUUCCCGAUGUGGAGUGGGCGGCGACUGGGGAUCAUUUUCACAGGCCGUACGGCGAGGGCUCCUCUUCGUCUGGCGGCCAUGGCUUGGAAUUUCGGGUUUAUGCCAAGGGUUUGGUUGAGGGGUCGGUGGGUGCGAUUGGGGUGGCGAUUUGCGACGAGAGUGGUUGUUUGAUCUUCGAGAUAAGUAAAGGGCUCGGUGUUGGUGGGGGAGGAGAAUUCCAAGCAAUUCAGGAGUGGGUUGAGAUGAAGGCUUUGAUUGAAGGACUUGACAUAGCAGCAGUUCUGGGCUUGAAGAGGCUCGCCAUUGUUACUGAUUCUGCGCUGCUAUAUCGACAUAUAACAGGUAAAAACCAAGUAAUGGCUGCAAAUGUUGUCAAAUUAUAUGAGCAAAUCAACCUUCUUCUAAGAAAAUUUUCUCAGACUCAGGUAUCCCUUGAGACCCCUGAGAAUAUUAAGCAUGCCUUUGAACUUGCACGGAAUGCAAUAGCUUUGCAGCUCAAUCGUUCAGAUGGAAGUAGCAGUACUGAUAACGCAAGUGAGAGUUGUGCUAUAUGCCUGGAAUUUACAAAUGCAAAGCAAAUGUUCCAGAUUCCGAGUUGUCUACACAGUUACUGCACUUCAUGUAUGAUGAAGCAUGUCGAAUAUAAAUUGCUUCAAGGGCUUCUACCUAAAUGUCCUGAUGUAAACUGCAAUACAGAGUUAAAACUUGACAGCUGCAAGAAGUUUUUAACUCCUGAUUUAUUUGAGAUAAUGAGCCAGCGGGUGAAGGAAGCAUCUAUUCCUGUAACAGAAAAGAUUUAUUGCCCAAAUCCAAGGUGUUCUGCCUUAUUGUCUAAAACCGAACUCAAAGGGUUGCCGGUGGAGAUUGAUAUUAUCGGUGGCACAUUGGGGGGCAGAAAGUGCCCAAGAUGCACCAGUCUUUUUUGCAUCCAUUGUAAGGUUACCUGGCAUGAGGGCAUGUCUUGCUUUGAUUAUAAAAGGUUCAACCCAAAUCCAUGUAAAGAAGACAAAAAACUUGAGUCGUUGGCUAAUCUGAAUCACUGGCGUCAGUGUCCAAAAUGCAGUCAUAUGGUUUCACUUGCUGCGGGAUGCUACCACAUCUAUUGCAGAUGCGGUCACGAGUUUUGCUAUACAUGUGGAGCUGAUUGGAGGAACAAGAAACCAACAUGUCUUUGUCCUAUUUGGGAUGAACGUAACAUCAUCGAAUCUGAGCACUAGACGGUCAUGAUUUGCGUAUCCAAUCCAAUCCAUCCUCAUCAAUUCGUAUUCAAUCUAUCUAUCUAUCUACUUAUCUGUGUUGGUUGACUGAUGAUAAUGUUGCCGAGGAUAGGUGAUAGAUAGAUGCAUAGAUAGUGUUGAAUAUAUCUCACAUUGGAAAAAUAUGAAAUUUUUUAUCCCCACUUGAUUUUAGAUUGAAAGUCUAGAUCCUUCUGUCAAGGAUAAAUGCUUUUGAAAUUCAAUCCAAUGCCAAUGCCACUCUGAUUCAGUUUAACAUUGCCUAGCUCCAUAAGAGCUCAAAUAAUUUGCUUUCCCUUGACAAA